CGGCGGGAGCGCGCCCGGAGCCCGCGGGUCGCUGUUUCCGUCUUUCCUCCCUUCCCUCUUUUUCCCUCUUUCCCUCGUUCCCUCUUUCCCCUCGUCCCGCUCUCCCGCCGCGCCAUGAGCCAGUUCAACUUCGGCGGGGCCGCGCCGGGCGGCGCCUUCAGCCUGGGCGCGCCCAAAGCGGCCACCGCCGCCACCACCACGGCCGCGGGCGGGUUCUCCUUCUCCGCGCCCGCGCCCGCCGCCUCGGCCGGCUUCAGCUUCGGCAGCGCGGCCCCGGCGCCGGCCGGCGGCCAGCCCGCCGGGCUCUUCCCCUUCAGCAGGCCGGGCACCGCCACGCAGCCCGGCUUCAGCUUCGGCUCCAACACCGCCACUCCCGCCGCCACCGCCGCCCCCGCGGCCGCCACGUUCGCGCUGGGGACAAGCACACCAAAAGUAAACUUUGGGAGCAGCACUGCAACUCAGGCUCCUGGAAUCACAGGGGGCUUUGCAUUUGGUGGCUCUGUGGCAACCAGCACACCCUCCAGUCAAGCAGCAGCCCCGUCUGGCUUUGCCUUUGGCUCUGCUGGCACCAGCAGCACCAGCACGGCUCAGACUGGGACGACAGGGUUCACCUUCUCCAGUGGCACCGCGGCCCCGGCGGGAACAGCCGGGUUUAACAUCGGCACCGCGGCCCCGCAGGCCACGACCGCAGGGCUGACCUUCGGCACGAGCCCUGCAGCUGCUGCCACCACCACGGCCCCCCUGGCAGCCGCCCCCGCGGCAGCUGCCACCCCCUUCAGCCUCGGGGGGCAGCCCACAGGUCUAACCUUUGGGUCACUGACUUCAACAGCAGCCACGAGUGCACCCACAGCAACACUGACCACAAGUACCACCCAGGCACCCACCCUGUCCUUUGGAACCAAGCUUGGAGGAACAUCCACAGCUGCUACAACGCCCUCCACCAGCACAACCUCCGGGCUGGCUCCGACGGGGCCCACGUUGUUCGCGUCUGUCGCGACUUCUUCGGCCGCAACGUCGUCCACCACCACCACGGGCCUCUCACUUGGUGGCAUUUCCACUGGUUCCACUGGGACUGCUGGUCUGGGGACACUAGGGUUUGGAUUAAAAGCUCCUGGAACAACAACUGCCACAACAAGCACUGCCACUGGUACCACUACUGCUUCUGGCUUUCCUUUGAAUCUGAAGCCACUGACUACAACUGGUGCCAUUGGGGCUGUGACCUCCACAGCUACCACAACCACCACGACCAGCACACCUCCAGUGAUGACUUACGCCCAGCUGGAGAGUCUGAUAAACAAGUGGAGCCUGGAACUGGAAGACCAAGAGAAACACUUUCUCCAUCAAGCGACGCAAGUGAAUGCCUGGGAUCGGAUGCUGAUAGAGAAUGGAGAGAAGAUUACUUCAUUACACAGAGAAGUAGAGAAGGUGAAGGUUGAUCAGAAGAGACUGGAUCAGGAGCUCGACUUCAUUCUGUCACAGCAGAAGGAGCUUGAGGACUUGUUGACUCCUCUAGAGGAGUCCGUGAAGGAGCAGAGCGGGACCAUCUACCUGCAGCACGCGGAUGAGGAGCGGGAGAGGACCUACAAGCUGGCUGAGAACAUCGAUGCUCAGCUGAAGCGCAUGGCACAAGACCUGAAGGACAUCACUGAGCACUUGAACACAUCAAGAGGCCCAGCAGACACGAGCGACCCGCUUCAGCAGAUCUGUAAAAUUUUGAAUGCACACAUGGAUUCCCUGCAGUGGAUUGACCAGAACUCAGCUGUGCUGCAGAGGAAGGUGGAAGAGGUGACAAAGGUUUGCGAGAGCCGCCGCAAGGAGCAGGAGCGCAGCUUCCGCAUCACCUUUGACUGAAGGACUCCCAAGUUUACCAAGUCUAAAGGAUUAACAUAAAGCCUCCCCAGAAAACAGAGGUGUUGGGGAACUGAGGUCUGAAGUGGUGACCUGGCUUUUUUUCUUUUCUUGCAAUAAAAUGUGGUGUUUGUUCCAAA